GGACGACAUCCGGUGCUUUGGUGCUAGUUGUGACGUCACCGCUGCGAGGGAAAAGUACAUCAAAGCUGUCAUGGAGCCCCAAAAGAAGCUGAUCAACUCUGCAGAGGACUGUGUUGACGAGGCUCUUUGCGGCCUCGUCAGGGCCUCCGGUGGCCUUUCUCUGCUGCGGGGCCACCGCGUCGUUCUGCGGUCUGACCUGGACAAAGUGAGGGGCAAAGUGGCGCUGCUGGCAGGAGGCGGCUCCGGGCAUGAGCCCGCGCACGGGGGUUACGUGGGUGCCGGGAUGUUGUCUGCAGCAGUAGCAGGAGGAGUGUUUGCGUCUCCGCCGCCCGCCAGUAUCCUGGCUGCCAUUAUGUGCCUACACAAUGCUGGAGCGUCUGGGGUCCUUGUCAUCGUGAAGAACUACACCGGAGACCGCCUCAACUUUGGAUUGGCCACAGAGCAGGCGAGCAACCGCGGCGUGGCUGUCAAUAUGGUUAUCAUUGCUGAUGACUGCGCCUUCGCCUGCCCAAGCAAGGCCGGGAGGAGGGGCUUAUGCGGCACAGUUCUCAUUCACAAGCUGGCAGGUGCCUUAGCCGAGAAAGGCUGCUCGUUGGACCACAUUGUUGCCAUGGUGACGGAGGUGUUAAAGGGCACAGGUACACUGGGAGUCAGUGUGUCUUCCUGCAGCGUUCCCGGAUGUCAGCCUUCCUUUGAGCUUCCUCCAGGGGAGAUGGAGAUCGGCCUGGGAAUCCAUGGAGAGCCUGGUGUCAAAAGGUCAAAGGUGGAGUCUGCAGACGAGGUGGUGUCAGCCAUGAUUGAUCACAUGACAAACACAGAGAGUCAGUCUUGCCUGCGCCUGAGGACAGGCGACCAGGUGAUUGUGUGCGUGAACAAUCUGGGAGCGCUGUCCCGUCUGGAGAUGGCGGUGGUGACGAGGGCUGCCAUCAUCUGUCUCGAGAACCGUGGCAUGGUAGUGGCCAGGGUGAUGUCUGGGUCCUUCAUGACGUCCCUGGAGAUGGCUGGAAUGUCGUUGACCCUGAUGACAGCCAGCCCAGAAAUACUAACACUCUUUGAUGCCAAGACCAGCGCCCCUGCCUGGCCAAAUCUCAGCACUGCGUGUGUGAGUGGACGCAACCAUUUCAUGGACCCCCCUAGUGUACCCGCAGCAGCACGUGGCGACGCACAGCCUGAAGGACCACACAGUCCUGUGCUGCGUGCCGUGUUGCAGAGGGUUUGUUCCACACUUUUGGAAAAACAGGAGGAGCUUAACUCUUUGGACCGUGCUUCCGGGGACGGCGACUGCGGGAAUACUCAUGCGCAGGCGGCGAGAGCCAUUCAGGUGUGGCUCCAGAGUCAUGUGGUCCCCGGUUGCCCCGGGCAACUGUUAUCCGCCCUUGCUAAAUUGGUGCAAGAGGGGAUGGGCGGGUCUUCGGGAGCAUUGUACAGCUUGUUCCUCACGGCAGCGGCCGGUCACAUGAUCGAGGGGCGGAACAAUGCUGCAGCAUGGACCAGCGCAAUGCAUGCUGGGACACAGGCCAUGAGAAGAUAUGGCGGUGCUGAUCCAGGGGACAGAACCAUGUUGGACGCUCUGUGCCCUGCGGUCGACGAGCUGAUGAAACUAAAAACAGCGCCUCCUGGUGGUGAGAUGGCUGUGCUGCAAGCUGCUGUGCAGAGAGCUGCCGCUGGUGCUGAAUCCACCCGGAGCCUGGCAGCCAAGGCUGGCCGAGCGAGCUAUAUCGCCUCAGAGAGACUCACCCUGCCCGACCCUGGGGCCAAGGCCGUCGUCGCCAUUUUGAGCGCUGUGUAUGAGGCACUUGAGGAACAGUGGUAGUAGAAAUAGGAAAAGUUAAGAAUGACCUUUGUGGAACAAAUAAAGUUGUGGAGACAUGA